UUGUGUGUGUGUGUGUGAGAGAGAGAGAGAGAGAGAGAGAGAGAGAGAGAGAGUGUGUGGUGGCAAUGGGAGAUCAGAAAACCGAGGUGUAUUUUGUCUUUAUGAACUUUGAUCCCAAGUAUGAGCGUCUCCAUGCAGAUCGGUGGGUCGAGCUGUCAAAGGAAGGCGUGGAGGAGCUUGACACUUACCUGAGCAAGAAGCACGACCGAUUGCUCGAAAAGCUUUUCCAGCCAAACACCUACAAGAAGAAAUCUUCCUUAGCCAUUGUUGACGGCUUCUCAGUGGAGAUAACCAAAGAGCAGGCAGCCACUCUCAGGUCUGCUAAGGAAGUGAGGGUGGUUGAGAAGAACCAAGAGCUUGCUUGACAACAUAUUUGAUGGCGUCAAAUACUCUUGUAGCAGUAUAUUGCUUGUGUUUCUCCUUCAUGUACUCAAGACUCUGUAUGCGGUGAUGGUUGAUGAGCGUCUUUGAUGUACAACAGGAGACAUGGAAAUAGACUGUUGCAGAAUAUGCAUCCCUGCCA